UUCAAACACCAUUAUUUCUGUUAUUUGAUACACAAUGUUGCUUCUUAUGUAGUUCAUUUUUCUUUAUUGUGUAUCUUUGUGGAUUUAUUUAUUUAUUUUGUUUCAGAUCCCGUGAAGACUCCUAAGCUGACUGUCAUCUCUUACCCAAGUAGUGACUCCUGUAGUGUAAACUUCACAUGUAGAGCACAUGACCUCACACUUCACUCCACUUAUAAUAAUGGUAGCUGCUCUCCAGAGGAAGUGACGUCACAUGAGAAGUUCACUCUCAUCCUGAUCUGUAGUAAUGAAACCAUCAUCUGUAACCAUAGCAACCCUAUCAGCUGGGAAACAGACAGAAGAGACAUUAAAAAGCUUUGUGAAUUUCAUCCAGAGAAUCCAGAACAACAAAGUUGGGUGAUGAUCUGUAUAGUGGUGAUGGUGGUGUUGGUAGUGGUUUUGGUUAUUUCUGUCUUCUGCUGGAAAAGAUAUAAAGUGUUCAAUCUGAACAUCGUAGAUGCCAAUUCAGUGUAUGCUGAAGUUAAUACUGAGAACCAACCAAUGCAAACAACCAAAAGUGACUCUGAUACAUGUGAUGUCCCAGAUCAGACACAAAAAGCAAUGGAACAACAACCCAGCUCAUUCUAUGACACUGUGAAACACCCUCAAGUCACAGCUUAAACAAUUUAUUAGUAAGUGUGCAAACAACUACCUAAGGAUGCCACUUCAUCCAACAGUACCUGAGAUCAAACUGAAAACAACGGCUGGCAAUCACGGAGAAGACACACAAGGUCACUUGUUAACUUGUUUAAAUACAACCUUUAACACCAUAGCAUUCCUGUAAAAGACUACAAAUACCCAAUAAACGACACUAAUUGUAUCUGUUGUGUUGAUUAUAUCUUAAAAGCAUUUACAUAAUUUGAAUCACAUGAAUCUCUUUUGAAGGAUCCUACCUUAGAUCCUCACGUGCAGAAUGUUUUAAUAUUGUGUUUUUUAGUUAAUUCCUAAUCAUUUAUUUACAUAAUCAUUUUAUAAUCAUUAGUUAUCCAUAAAAUAGUUUAUUUGAUUAUUCAAUAUAAUUUUUAUUAUUAUCCAUUUCAUUAUUAUCAUUUUUAUCGUAUUUUCAUUUAUUCAUCAUUAUAUUUCUAUAUAUUAUUAUUUUAUUUAUUCAUUAACUAAAUAUAUUUCUAUGUUUCAUAUGUCGUCUUGAUUUCAUUGUUGUUCUGUCUUAUAGUUGUCUAACAUUUGUGAAGUUUCAUGAGCUGUCCUGUCUGUGUGUAAACAGAGAUUGGUAAAGAGAAUGUUUAUGGAAGCUCAAGGUUUGUGGGAUGUUGCUAUUAAGCAUUUUGGUAUAACACUGCAUGUUGAAUUCAUGCUUGUUGGACGAGGUUUGAACAUUGAGACAUAUACAACUGAAGCUGUCCAUCUAUAAAACUCUGUUCUAUUUUAUCAUCUAAACCUUCGUCUCAUGUCCUCUGCUUGUGCUCUUCUCUAGCAACGAUUAAUCAACCUCUUAACUGACAGAAGCCUGUUAAACAAGUAAACGUUUUUUAUUUUGUCUGUGGUGUGGAGACAUGAUCUAACACUUUUUAAAGUUAUAUGACAUGUUUAGCUUUUGUUUUUGUUGAGUUGCUGUAUGCCAUGAAGUUUACUGUGAAAGAAUACAAUGUUUCAUCAUAUAUAAGAACUUUAAUGGUGUUUUUACACCUGCCUCAUUUAGUUCGGUUGAAUCGUACCAGAGUUCGAUUGCUGACUUGGUGCAGUUCGUUUGGGCAGGUGAGAAUGCAACAAUCAAACUCUGGUGCGUACCAAAAGUGGACAAACUCGAGCGGUUCGUUUAUGGUGAGAACACGAUCCGAUAUCGAAUCAACCUAACUGCAAAAGUACUGCGCAUUUUGGACUAAACCAACUGCCGUAGUCAUCUGACCAGUGCAUUAUCGGAUGAGGAAGAGUUUGUUCCCAAAUGAAAAAAUACUAUAGUAUAUCAUAGUAAAAUUACCAUAGAAAAAUUAAGUAAAAUUACUCUAGUCCAUACUAGAGUAUUUUUGAACCGUUCUAUAAUUAUAACUGCCAGCUAUUGGAAUCAGUCACCUAUAUAUACUCUGUUUGUCUUCCUCACCUUGUCGAUCAUUGUUUUUUUACUGUUAGUUGAUGUUCAUGUUAGACUUAUAUUCCUGUAUGUUCCUGUUUUAGUCUAUGUUAUUCAUUAAAAGUAUUACAUUUAUCUUCUCCGCCUUCAUCUCACCUUCAUAAUCCACCUCACCCUGACAAUAAUAAAGUAAACUGUAUUAAAAUACUAUAGCAAUUUAUGGUAAACUUACUAUAGGAAUUGCCUUUCUUAC